UUUUAAAUAACCAACCAACAGCAAACGAGACGCCAGAUCAAUAAGCCACACCAAAUCCCCAGUGCAGCCGCGGAGACCGCGGCGCCGCACCAACGGAGCGCAGCGGCUGCUCGGGCGCGCAGACCGGAGGCGCGCGGCCCCACACCGUCGCCGGCGGCGGGCGACGGGGAGGCUGGAGCGGGGGAGCCCACGGCCGUGGAGCGGCGGCCGGAGGCCAAUGUCGGUGGAGAGAGAGGCCCGCCAGCGAAAUCGCCGAGGGUACGGGGCUGAUUGGAGGUGUGACGCGUAGGGGAGAUGCCACGUGCCAGAGAUUCUGAUAUUAGAGACUGAAGUUCUGCAAGUCCUUGUUUCUGCUCUUAAGCGUUAGCAGUCGUGUUACUGUUGAGGGGUUGGGAGCCAUGGAAUCACGGAUGGAUCAGUACGAGGUUAUGGAGCAGAUUGGCCGUGGCGCCUUUGGUGCUGCUAUCCUCGUCAACCACAAGACAGAGAAGAAGAAGUAUGUGUUGAAGAAAAUUCGCCUUGCUAGGCAGACAGAGCGAUGCCGCAAGUCUGCCCAUCAAGAGAUGGCUCUUAUCGCUCGCUUGCAACAUCCUUACAUUGUUGAGUUCAAGGAGGCAUGGGUUGAGAAGGGCUGCUAUGUUUGCAUAGUGACGGGAUACUGUGAAGGUGGCGAUAUGGCUGAAUUGAUGAAGAAAGCAAAUGGGACAUACUUCCCAGAGGAGAAACUGCUGAAAUGGUUCGCUCAAUUGGCAUUAGCUGUUGACUACUUACAUUCAAACUUUGUUUUACAUCGAGAUCUCAAGUGCUCAAACAUAUUUCUCACCAAAGAACAAGACAUUCGCCUUGGAGAUUUUGGCCUGGCAAAGACUUUAAAGGCAGAUGAUUUAACCUCUUCGGUUGUAGGAACACCAAAUUACAUGUGUCCGGAGUUGCUUGCAGACAUCCCUUAUGGAUUCAAGUCAGAUAUAUGGUCUCUUGGAUGUUGCAUGUAUGAGAUGGCUGCUCAUCGGCCUGCUUUCAAAGCUUUUGAUAUGGCUGGACUGAUAAGUAAGAUAAAUCGCUCCUCCAUUGGCCCUUUGCCUACUUGCUAUUCUUCAUCUAUGAAAACACUUAUCAAAAGCAUGUUGAGGAAGAGUCCUGAACAUCGGCCUACUGCAUCCGAGAUUCUAAAAAGUCCAUACCUUCAACCUUAUGUAAAUCAAUAUCGUCCAUUUGCUGAUAUAUUGCAUCCCGGUCGAUCGCCAGAGAAACCUGUCACCAGUUCACGGAGUAGUCAGAGAAGUAUGUCUGGGAGUCAGUGUAGUAGCAUUUCUGGCAGUGAUAUGGACAGUAUUAGUAUACAAUCAAGUGAAAGAAACACAUCAGGACCAGCUUCAAGUUCCAACAACACCAUUGAUACUGAAGGUGCUGAAAAUACAGAUCUUCAGAGCCAUAACGAUACUGCUCAUCCUGAACUGGAGAGACAAGACUCAUCUAAAUCUGUACAUAAUAAUCAGCAUCCCAGACAUGAGCAUAAGCAACCAAAAAUCAUUAAGAAGAUACUAACAACUCUAAGAGAGGAGAGCAAGUUCAGGGAAAGCAGUUCACCAGUGAGAGCUAGUCGUGUAAAGCUAAAUUCACCCAGCAAUAGGGAGCGCUCAUCUGACGACUCAAAGCAUAGUGAUGUUUCCUCCAGUUCAAGGUCUAGUGAAGUUGUCACACAUGAACCAGUAAGGUUAAGCUAUGAAGAACCUGUGAAACGAGGACAAGCUUCUCCUCUCUUGAAACACUUGUCACCAAUUGUUGAGCAUUCUCCGACGGUUAAAAAUAAAUUAGAUGAGAGGCUACAUCCAGACCCUGCCAAGCAGUUUGGGGAAGAUGCUGAUGCAACUGCUGGGAAGGCUAAGAACAAAACACCACCAAGUUUUAUUAGAUGCACAAGUAUUCCUGCUCGGAGGCAAGGGGCAGCGAGUCCAAGCCGUCAACACACUGGUAUCAAACGAGCUCACAACAAGGUCGUGGCAGAGCAUGCAAAAAGCCCUAGCCGACCUCCCCACAGUCCAAACAAUGCUUUCGUGGAACUUCCAGCUUUUCCAAUGAUUCCUCCAGGUCAUCUGGAUGGUAUUCAGAGAAAACCAGCCAGUUCACGAGCGAAAUCUGCACCACCUAGGGCUGUAACAACCAAGGAAGAAAGCAGCGCUUGCUCCAGUUCUACAGUAGGUUAUGCUGAGAACAGCAAUCAGUCUGAACCAUCUGAACCUGACUCACCAACCUACUUGCCCCCAUCCUGCAAAUGUUCAAUCCCUGACACUACUAUACAAGCGCAUGGCGUAACAAUUAAACCAAGUUCAGAGGUCAAAACAACAAGUUUUCAGAAGAAAAUGACUAGUAAUGGUGAUAUUAGUCCAAUCUCAUACAUGCAGCCAUCUUCUGAUAUUACUGAAGAAGAGUUUGUUUGCAAGGAUGACAUGCCAUCCAGUAAGGUGGGCCUGGACAGUGACACAGUUACUGUACAAGGUGAUGAAGACAAGUUUACAGUGCAGGAGCUGCUUUCAUCAAUACCAGAUGCUGCUUUCUUUGCUCCAACAACAAGCAUUGCUCCAGACAGAGGAUCUUUUCCUCUCCAGUCUUCAGAGAAAUCAACAGCGACCCGUUUAAUUCCUCCAGUUGAGGACGUCAUACAUGUCAUAAGCCAUAGCAGCUCCCAUGUCAAUGGUGAGCAGGCAGAAAAAGAAACGGAAGCACAGAGCACUGACGUUGGCAAACUCCUUAACGUGGUAAGAGAAGAGAGAGAUGUGAGAAGCAUGCAGCCAAGCCUGAUACCUUCUGGACCCAUUGAUUCUGCUACACAGAAGCUGAGUGUCGUAGAUGCUAAUACCACGAUUCACAAACCGGCUGGUACAGAUGUGUUAAAAUUGCCCACCAUACCGGAAGGAAAUUUUAGUACUCCAGAGACCAACAAUGGUUAUAAGGAGGAAGCAGCUCCAGCUAAGGAAAUACUAGAUGUUACAUCCUUCAGGCAGCGAGCUGAGGCUCUAGAAGGGCUCUUAGAGCUUUCUGCGGAUUUACUGGAAAGCAGUAGGCUCGAGGAGCUUGCAAUUGUCCUGAAGCCAUUUGGGAAGGCCAAGGUGUCCCCUCGAGAAACGGCUAUAUGGUUGGCUAAAAGUUUCAAAGGCAUGAUGAAUGACGAAGCAAGCCGCAGUUCAACGUGAGUGCACAUAGCCUUCGCCCUUUGCUUUUCUUCUUCUUUGGUUCCUUUCUGUUUGUGCCCUACUGCCCUGAAUCUUCAAUGGUUUUCUUGUUCAUACCCCGCUUCUUGACAUCGUGUGAGUCCCCACGGUUUCAUUUGGAUAGUUCUCCAUUCUUUACAGAACAUUUUGUAAAUAGCGCAGACUUGUGAACAGAAAAUAAGACAUGCCAGAGAUGAUGUUAAAUUUACACGAUCAAGGUAA